AUGGAGGUGUUGCCGCCAGAGGUGUGGGUGGACAUACUGGGGUGGGUAGAUGGCGCUGCCGAUGUCGUGCGCUUUGGCCUGACGUGCCGCGCUGCCAACGUGCUCGCCACCGACCCCUCCCUGUGGCGCACCCUCUGCCCUCGUCUCCUUUUCCCCUCCUGCGCUGGCCAGGUGCGACGCGCAGUGGAGGCCCAAGCGGGCGUCGAGAGGGCCAAGGUGGCGGCAGCUGUGGCUCGAACACCGCCGGCCGAGUCUGCGCUGUGCGGUCUUGGGCGCCGUCGAUAG